UGUCAGUAUAGCUGGAUAAGUACUACUAUAUAGUUGGGAACAUUUCAACAACACGAGAGUGAAAAUGCCACCAAGACCUGAAGGCAAACAAUCUGACAAUCUAGAAAGUGAUGACUUGGCAACAGCUAUCCUCAAGCGGAAGGAGCGGCCCAACAGGCUCCUUGUUGAAGAAGCUAUCAAUGAAGACAACUCAGUUGUAUCACUUUCACAGACUAAAAUGGAUGAGCUACAGCUGUUUCGUGGAGACACAGUCCUUCUGAAGGGCAAGAGACGUAAGGAAACUGUAUGCAUUGUAUUGUCAGAUGAUACAGUUACAGAUGACAAAAUCAGAAUCAACAGAUGUGUCAGAAACAACCUGAGAGUGCGUUUGGGAGAUGUUGUCAGCAUCCAAGCCUGUCCAGAUGUAAAAUACGGAAAGAGGAUUCAUGUCCUACCAAUUGAUGACACCGUGGAAGGCCUCACUGGAAAUAUUUUUGAUGUCUAUCUCAAACCAUACUUCAUGGAAGCAUACAGACCCAUUAAGAAAGGAGAUAUAUUCCUCAUCCGUGGAGGCAUGAGAGGAGUGGAGUUCAAGGUGAUCGCUACAGACCCUGAUCCAUACUGUAUUGUAGCACCAGAAACCGUCAUCCACUGUGAAGGGGAUCCUGUUAAGAGAGAGGAGGAGGAAGAAGCUCUGAAUGAGGUUGGGUAUGAUGACAUUGGAGGUUGCAGAAAACAGCUGGCUCAGAUCAAGGAAAUGGUUGAGUUACCUCUGCGACAUCCCCAGCUCUUCAAAGCUAUUGGUGUGAAGCCCCCAAGAGGUAUCAUGCUGUACGGACCACCAGGAACUGGUAAAACUCUGAUUGCGAGGGCUGUGGCUAAUGAAACGGGUGCCUUCUUCUUUCUCAUUAAUGGUCCCGAGAUUAUGAGCAAAUUAGCUGGAGAAUCUGAAAGCAACCUCCGGAAAGCUUUUGAAGAGGCAGAGAAAAAUGCACCAGCCAUUAUCUUUAUUGAUGAGUUGGAUGCAAUUGCACCAAAGAGAGAAAAGACUCAUGGAGAGGUUGAGAGAAGGAUUGUAUCACAGCUCCUGACACUCAUGGAUGGUUUGAAACAGAGAUCCCAUGUCAUUGUAAUGGCUGCAACUAACAGACCUAACAGCAUUGAUACAGCUUUGAGAAGAUUUGGUCGAUUUGACAGGGAAGUAGACAUUGGUAUACCUGAUGCUACUGGACGUUUGGAAAUUCUACGCAUUCACACUAAGAACAUGAAGCUUGGUGAUGAUGUAGAUCUGGAACAGGUUGCCUCCGAGACACAUGGACAUGUUGGUGCAGAUUUGGCUGCUCUCUGCUCAGAGGCUGCCCUUCAGCAAAUCCGAGAAAAGAUGGAUCUUAUUGAUUUAGAAGAUGACACUAUUGAUGCCGAAGUGCUCGACUCUUUAGCUGUGACCAUGGAAGAUUUCAGGUGGGCUUUGGCAAAGAGCAAUCCAAGUGCUCUCAGAGAAACUGCCGUGGAGGUGCCAUCUGUCACAUGGGAGGAUGUCGGAGGUUUGGAAAACGUCAAGAAAGAACUCCAGGAAUUAGUACAGUAUCCAGUAGAACAUCCGGAGAAAUUCAUGAAAUUUGGUAUGACACCAUCAAAGGGAGUACUCUUCUACGGCCCACCUGGAUGUGGUAAAACUUUGCUGGCUAAGGCUAUUGCAAAUGAAUGCCAGGCCAACUUCAUCUCAAUCAAAGGUCCAGAACUGCUCACUAUGUGGUUUGGAGAAUCAGAAGCCAAUGUCAGAGAUAUUUUUGAUAAAGCACGAUCUGCUGCCCCUUGUGUUCUGUUCUUUGACGAGUUGGAUUCAAUAGCAAAAGCCCGAGGUGGUAAUGCAGGAGACGGAGGUGGUGCUGCUGACCGAGUGAUAAACCAGAUGCUCACAGAGAUGGAUGGUAUGAGUGCAAAGAAAAAUGUGUUCAUCAUUGGAGCCACAAACAGACCAGAUAUCAUUGACCCUGCCAUUCUGCGACCUGGUCGUCUGGACCAACUGAUCUACAUUCCUCUUCCUGACAUCAAAUCUAGAAUUUCCAUUCUAAAGGCAAACCUCAGGAAAUCGCCUGUCUCUAAGGAUGUUGAUGUGGACUACCUAGCCAAGGUCACACAGGGCUUCAGUGGUGCUGAUCUGACUGAGAUCUGUCAGAGGGCAUGUAAGCUGGCCAUCCGACAGUCUAUAGAGGCAGAAAUCAGGAUGGAAAAGGAACGGGCUAACAACCCAGACGCAGAUAUGGAAACUGAAGACUAUGACCCAGUACCAGAGAUAUCAAGAGUUCACUUCGAGGAGUCGAUGAAAUUUGCCAGGAGAUCAGUAAAUGACAAUGACAUCAGGAAGUAUGAAAUGUUCGCACAAACCUUGCAACAGAGCAGAGGAUUUGGAGGAAACUUCAGAUUCCCUGGACAAAGUGAAGGCAGUAAUGAGCCAAGACAAGGGGAAAACUCUGGAGGAAACUUCAAUGAACAAGAUGAUGAUGACCUCUAUAGUUAAACAUAGACUUCUUCAUAAUCAGAAUAUAUCCCAAACUCGGAUACUUAUCAUUUUAACGUGACAUUAUGUGUAAUAAUGUGUGCAUCAAUAAUAUCACCCUAAGUUGUGGAGUUAUCUGGUGCCGUUUCCAUCACAACUUCAGUUGUUGAACAUAAUUUUUCAUUCAUACAGACUUGGGGAUUAUUCCGUCAUGAUAUCUUAGAUGUUAUUUAUUCACCUUGAUGAAUCAUUUCAUGUGCAAAGUAAAUUCCUGCAAGAAAAGUAACCAGUGCAACUAUAAUAAUGCAUUGUUUGUUUGUAAUCUAAAUUUGUAAUGUGUUCUCAAUGGCAAUUUUUUCCCAAGGUAUGGAAGGUGUUAGUAGAUUUGUUGCAACAACUUUCCUUGAUGGCAGCAUGCUGUGUUUGAUUAAAAACAGAAACAUGUCAAUGGGGUCAGAACAUCCCCCCCACAAAUCUUGUGUUUGAUUAAAACCAGAAACAUGUCAAUGGGGUCAGAACAUCCCCCCCACAAAUCUUGACACUAAAGAACACAAGUGAUUACAAGUCAGACUGAUGAAUUAAACCAAGAAUAAAUGACGUGAAUUGUGUUUUUGUUGUUACAGGUUUUAUAGAAAUAUUAUUUAGCAAGGAGUUUUUGUUUCUGUGUAUGGAUUACCUCCCUUCAAACCUAAUAGUACAGUUCGACGCCUCUGUGGCAUAAUUUAUUGUACCAUUAUUUUUCCGUUUUAUAUCCAUUGUAUAUAGAUUUAAAUAAGUUGCCCUGACUUUCCAGUUAUCCACCAUAGGUUUAUCUGGUGUUUGAAGCAAAUAUAUUUGAUGCACGAAGAUGAUGAGUUAGAUGAAUGCUUAUUGUUGAUACAUUAGCUUUUUCUGAAGGUAAACCUACACACAUUUAUACGUGGACUCCAGUGAUGAGGUCUGGGGUCUCUAUGCUAUGUUUUGUGAUGUCAUUAGUGCUAUGUAAUGAGCGGUGAAAUGACAAAGCUUGUCAUUGAUUACAGAUUGUCUGAAACAUUAUGGAAAAAAAAAUUAAAAGUUCUUGAAAAUAAUAAA